AUGGCCGAUCGUGACAGCUUCGCCCUCGCCGCGUCCUCCAAGGAGGCCGGGCCCAACGCGUCGAGCAGCGACGACUCGGCGGUCAAGGAGCCCUCCAUCGCCCAGUCCGUAUGGAUCUCGGCGUCCAUGUCGCCGCUGAGGGAGGCGCUCUUUGUCGCCAUCGUCUGCAUGGCCCAGUUCUGCACCCAGGCCGCCUACAUGGGCACCCUCGUCCUGCUGCGAGACAUGGGCAGCACCUUUGGCGUCGCGGACCCCGCCCACCUCGCCUGGCUCGUCGCCGGCUACUCCCUCACCGUCGGCACCUUCAUCCUCGUCGCCGGCCGCCUCGGCGACGUCCUCGGCUACAAGAACAUGCUCCUCGCCGGCUUCGCCUGGUUCUCCCUCUGGUCGCUCGUCUCCGGGCUCAGCGUCUACUCCGACUUCACCCUCGCCGUCUUCGCGCGCGUCCUGCAGGGCGUCGGCCCCGCGCUCUGCCUGCCCAACGCGCUCGCCAUCCUCGGCUCCGCCUACCCGCCGGGCCACCGCAAGGCCAUGGUCUUUGCGUGCUUCGGCGCCGUCGCGCCCAUCGGCGGCGUCUGCGGCGGCGUCUUCGCCUCGCUCUUCGCCCUGGCGUGGUGGCCCUGGGCGCUAUGGGCCAUGGCCAUCUGGCUGGCGCUGCUGUGCGUGGCCGCGUACUUGAUCAUUCCAGAGCCGCCGCAGGACAACGAGGGGCCGCGCUCGCUGCGCGGCUGGAUCGUUGCGCUGGAUGCGCCGGCUGCUGUUGUUGGCGUGGUCGCGCUGGUCCUGUUCAACUUUGCGUGGACCCAGGCGCCGAUCAGCGGCUGGGGCACCCCGACCGUCCUCGUGCCGCUCAUCCUCGGCCUGCUUCUCUUUGGAGGUUUCGUCUACCUGGAAGUCAAGAUGAGCGAGUACCCCCUGCUACCGUUCGAUGCGUUCAAGCCAGACAUAUGCUUCGUUCUCGCUGCGCUCGUCUGCGGCUGGGCAACGUUUGGCGUCUGGACGCUCUACCUUGUGCAGAUUCUCGAGGACAUUCGCGGCUUGCAACCGCUUCUUGUAUCGGCGUACUUUGCCCCGGCCAUAUGUGCUGGAGGGGCCGCCGCCUUCGUCACCGGCAAGCUGCUCGGCCCGCUUCAGGUCCGCCCACCAGUCGUCAUGAUGCUGGCCUUGACGGCAUUCACGGUCGGCAUCAUCUUGACCGCCUUUGCCCCUGUGCACCAAAUCUACUGGGGCCAAAUAUUUGUCUCCAUGCUCAUCAUGCCGUUUGGCAUGGACAUGAGCUUCCCCGCCGCGACGCUGACCCUCUCAAACGCUGUCGCAAAGGAGCACCAGGGAAUCGGGGCCAGCCUGGUCAACACUGUCGUCAACUACGGCAUUGCGCUGGGUGUAGGCCUUGCAGGAACCAUCGAGGUCAACGUCCGAGGCUCGGGCGACUCAUCGGAUGAUCGAUUACGCGGGUUUCGCUCGGGUCUGUAUACGGGUAUCGGCCUGGCUGGGUUGGGUAUGGGAACCUGCAUCGUGUUUCUGUUCAGACGCCACGGCGGCUGA